CACCAAGCUCAGAGAGCACCAAGGACACCACAGUCCAAGCGUGAUGUACAAAUUUUCUGUUUUGCGGGUAGCUCUCCACUUACUGCCAUCCGUUUAGUGACCGUUUGAAGUUACAACAGGCCCUGGGAAAAAGUAACAUAGGAGCCUUUUCUAAACUGAAGGCCGUCACAGCCUCCCCGUGGUCAUCAGAUUCAGACGCUGGGCAACGGUGGCUCACUCUACUGUCUCUCUGAGCCACAGAAACGUUGGGCUCCCCCAUGGUGGUCGUAAAUCGAGGACUACCUGCAUUGGUGGCGUGGUUUUUCUUUGUUGCCUCCCAGGUGACCUACUGCAGCUCCGAGUGCCGUCAGGCCGCGUGGGACCAGUACCAUCAGGUUCUCUGCCUGGGACCCUCCAAACAAGAUCCCGAUCACCCCCUCAACAAACUCCAGGAAGCUUGGAGGAACAUCCACUACCCCCCGGAGACUUCGAGCAUCAUGUUGAUGGCCAGAAUGGUGGCCACCGUCAAGCAGGCGAAAGACAAAGAGCGGUGGAUCAAACUUUUUUCCCAGUUCUGCAAUAAAACGGCCAACGAGGAAGAAGAAAUCAUCCACAAAUUGCUAGGAGACAAAUUUAAGGGCCAGCUCGAAGUCCUGCGGAUGCUUUUCACGGAGGCCCUUUACGAUGACCAUCUCAGCAAGAGACUGGGGACUUCCUGAACUGCGAAGGCUCCGGACUCUACGUCCUCCAGAGUUGCUGCAACCACAGCUGUCUUCCCAAUGCCGAGGCCUCCUUCCCGGAUAACAAUUUCGUCCUGCAUUUGACUGCAGUGGAAGACAUCCACCAGGGGGAGGAGAUCUGCAUCAGCUACCUAGACUGUUGCCAGCGAGAACGGAGCCGACACAGCCGGUGCAAAAUCCUACAGGAAAACUACUUGUUCAUCUGCUCCUGCCCCAAGUGCCUGGCCCAAGCCGAGGAUCCCGACGUCACAUCGGAGGAGGAAGAGGAGGAAGAAGCCGAAGGGGAGCCGGAUGGAGCCGAGCUGGAAGACGAGAUGACGGAUGUUUGAUCUGGGCUCCGGGGUGGGAGGAAGAGGCAGGUUUUGCAUCUAGUCGGCGGGACAGUAUUUGCCUUAAGGACGUGAGAAUCCAAUCCCAGCUCCGAUCCGCAGCUCUCGGCCUUCCCAGGAGAAGAGAAGCAGAGAAACCUGAUUUUGUGUCCAGCUGCGCCUCGACUUAUGACCACUGACCACUAAAUUUCUGUCGUUCCGCAAGGCAUUUUGCCAAGCAGAGUUUGGGCCCGUUCGGGUGAAUCUUCUUGCCUUGCUCCGUUGUUAAGCGAACCGUUUGCCAUUGAUAAGCCAGUCUCCCGGGAUCGUUAAGCGAAUUCGGCUUCCCCCUUUGUCAGAAGUUCGCAAAACUGGACACAGCAAUGGUCAUAAAGAUGAACAAGUUGCCAAGCGUCCGAAUUUUCAUCUCGUGGGGAUGCUUGAAAAGUCAUAGCUGCCAAAAAAACCGGUCUGAAGUCAAUUUAUCAGGGCUGUGGUCGCUUCCGUCACUAACCGAAGUGGUCGUAAGUCGAAGAUUAUGUAUCUCUCCUCUCUCUGCUUCACCUGUGGUCUCCUGCUAUGCAAAACAGCCUGAAAAUAUCGGAGGUGCAUUUCAAGAUGGCUGGGCUGGGUGUUUUUUUUUUGUGGGGGAGGGGGCAGACUCACAGGCCUAGCUCAAAAAUCCCACGGGGCAUGUACACCCCUCCCCAUUCCCCCAAGCAGGCUGGGUUGAUUCUUGCUACCAGAAUCCGAACCCUGUACCCGAGUUCGCUUGGCCUGCUGCCACCUGUUUCGCCUCCCUACAUUUCCCCGGCAGACCAGUUGGGAUGCCUGACCGUCGUUAAUCCUCGUUUUUGUCUCGUCUGCUGUCUUGACCCAGGAUUGUGAGAACGAUAGUUCGCCGUUUCGUCCAUUCGCGCUCCUUCCGACUAAUUUUGUAAUUCUAUGCAAAUCUCUUCGCCUCCUUCAAUACACAAAAGAUUUGCUUCGGUU